AUGGGUCUUGCAACAAAUGUUAUAGGUUGGGGCCUUUUUGGUGUAGGAGUAAGAGCAUUUUCGAAUGGCAUUCAACAACGACCCUUUCUUGAUAAACCAAUAACACACGCACUCACAGCAGUAUUUUUUUCAGGAGUUGGGACUUUUCUUUAUUUUGGUAAUGAACGUAUGGAAGAAUUAAUUGAAAAACGUAAAAAAAUUUUAUUAGCAAAUAGGAAUCGUAGGAAAGAAUCUGAAAUCAAUCAAUAA